AUGGCGGCAGGGAGAUGGCGGCUGCUGCUUUCUCCACCAACGGCGGAGGAGGAGGAGGAGAUCGAUCACAUCAGCCACUUGCCCGACGCAAUAAUCCACCACAUCUUCUCCUUCUUGCCCUUCAAAGAUCUGGUGAAGACCAGCGUGCUGUCCAAGCAAUGGCGUUCCGCUUGGACCUCCACUCCGUACAUCGAUCUCUCAGCCCCUUCAAAGAGAUUCGUUCCUUCGAUCAGCAGAGCGCUGAGUCUCUGCACAGCUGCUAAGAUAGAAAAGUUCCAUCUUGAUGCUGCUGUGUCUGGAUUACACAUUCCCACCGAACCCGAUCGGUGGUUUGGCUUUGCCGUGGCACGCAAAGUGGAAGACGCCUCGUUGGUCUUUCGACGCUGUUAUGGUGAUGUGCCUCGAAUCUUGUAUGAAUGCGCGUCGCUGGCGACCUCCGGAUUGAUUCGAGAUCUCUAA